AUGGAGGACGCAGAGAAGAUCAAGCCGUACAUCGCCCGAAUGCAGCAGGAGCUGCGGGCGCUUCGGCCGGAGGUGCAGCGGCUGGCGGCGCGGCCGCUGGACGAGCAGCUGGCCGGGCUGGACGCGCGCGGGCGGGCGGCGCUGGCGAACCGCUACGGAUACGCGCUGGCGUCGCUGCUGUUCGUGCACCUCAAGGUGCUGAACGUGCGGGACGUGGAGCGAGUGAUGGCGGAGCUGGGGCGCGUGAAGCAGUACAUGGAACGGGCGAAGCGCCUGGAGGGCGGGCCGCGGGCGCCGGCGGCGCCCGCGGCGCCCGAGCGCGCGGCGAUCAGCCGGGUGCACUUCCAGGGCACGCACACGCGCUUCGAGGACGGGCGGGUGACCAAGCGGCGGACUAAGUAG